CUCUCUCGGUUUUCGAAUUUCGUCUCUCUCCUGCUUUCCUUCGAAAAGAUGCCGUCUCGCCGCCGUGAAAGAGGAGGACGCCGAUCUGACCAGUACUCUGGUCCCGUUGCGUGGCCGGCACAGCAAACCUCCGGCACUCGUGGCAGGAGAGGUCGUGGUAACGCCGGACGGGGAAACGCUCCAGUCACUUCCCGCGUCAUUGGAGCCGCCGACGUUGCUUCUUCACCAUCUUCGGUGACGUCACCCGAGGUUCGUCCUAGAAAGCGUUCCUACUUGGAUGUUGCUUCUUCACCACCCUCUGGUCCUGUUGCGUGGCCGCCACUGCAAUACUCCGGCGCUCCCGUCGUUUCAAGUUCUUCGUCGUCUUCAGCGACGUGUGAAAAACCCAAGGUCCCUGCGUCUGAUUCGGGUGCGUCUCUUGGUCGAGAGUUAGCGGAGAAUGUCCAAAUCACUCCGGAGACGACGACGAUCCAGCCAGGGUUUGAGAUCGUAGAGAUUGCAAGAGAUGGAAAUUGCCUUUUCAAGGCUCUCUCACAUCAACUUGAGGCGCAUCAGCGUGAUUACGCAGAGAUCCGCAGAUCCAUAGUGUACUACAUGGGGGUAAAUCCUUCAACAUUCCAGGACUUUUUACGUGAAGGUUCUGGUUCACUUGACGAUUACUGUGCAAGAAUGGCAAAUGAUGGUAUCUGGGGAGGGAAUCAAGAGCUUUACGCAGCUGCAAAUAUAUUUGACUGCAGAAUUUUGCUGCACAUGGUAAACUCUGAUGGAUUACCGAAAUAAAGCCCGAGUCUGGAGAGUAUAGAAGAACAUUGAAUCUGUCAUAUGACCGACAGGCUUUUCACUACAACAGCCUUGUUAAGGCAAGCAAGAAGACUACUCUUCAGUUACAAAAAAAAGAGAAGACUACUCUUCAGCAAGCUGUGCAAGGUAAAAGUGCUGUGUACUGGGAUUAUGAGAACGUGCCAGUCCCAUACGACUUCCCUGCGGGAAACGUUUACCAGCACAUCAUGAAGUGUUUGGAAGAUGAAGGGUGGAAUGUACCGGUUGAACAAAUGACGAUUGUUGUUGGGUACAAGUGUACACAUGUACCACAAGAGUUACAGGACAACAAGAAUGUCAUUGUCCACAGAGCCCAUGACUUUGAUAGACCACACAAAAAAAUUGAGCCGACAAAAGGAAACCAAGCCGCCGAUGAUGAAAUGCACACUCUGAUAGGAAAUUUGCGGGAGACGGCCACAGAGCCUCAUAACAUUUUGAUCUUGACGGGCGAUGGGGAUUUCAACGAAGAUAUCCAAAACCUGGAAGGAGACGGCCAUAAUGUAAUGGUUGUCCAUUCCAGAGAGUCAAUUUCAGAACGCUUUAGAGAAGAUCGGCAAAUAAGAACCUUUUUAGGUCUUGAAAGAGAAGCAGAUAAGACAGCAAAACAGAGAAGACGUGAGUGGCUCAAUGAAAAAAAGGCGGCUCGUAAAUACAAAAGUGCCCGCGAAGCUUUGAGUCCCUUGGCAGACCUGUCUUACGCCGACCAGCUUGAACAGAAGAAGGCUUCUAUCAUGCAAAAGUUGGAAAAACUGACUGGAAAUGAGCGUAAAGCUUGUCCAAAUGGAAAAUCACUUCCAGAAUUGGUCCUUCAGUCUAGAGAAAUAGGUGGCCUUUCAUGUAAGCUCGAAGGAAUUAUAGAAUCACCGCUUACGAAUGGUUACAGGAACAAGUGCGAGUUCUCAACUGGAUAUUCCGGUGAGUGGAAGUUAACUGUUGGAGUCGUGCUCGGAACUGAUAGUGCGGGUGUGACAGUAGUGGAGGAAGCUGUUAACUGUCCCAGUAUCUCUAAACUUGCUUGCCAAUACGCUUCCAUCUUUCGGAGUUUCUUAGAAAAAUCAAGGCUCUCUGUUUGGAAUAUGUCUAAAAGCUGUGGGUUCUGGCGACAGUUGACGGUUCGAGAAGGAAGCAAACCCGGCGUGUUCUCAAAUGAUGAAGAUGCCGAUUCAAGAAUUGCAGAGGUUAUGCUUAUGGUUCAGGUUUGUAUCCCAAUUCAUUAA